CUUCUUUUUGUAUUGCUCAACAAUAUUUUUUGUCUUUAUUUGUGUACGAAUUUAAUUGAAAAAGGGGCAAGAAACAUUAAGCAUUACGCAUUAAACAUUUAUCAUUUAUCAUUUAGCAUUUAGAGUUGAGCUAGCACACCGACUCUUAUGACUCUAGAAAACACAACCACCGCGGUUACAGGUUUGGUCGCAGGAUUAAGACUCGACGACAAUGGCUUAGCAGGCAAUGCAGGCAAUGCAGGCAAUGCGGGAAGCGGCAUAGCAGAAGCCCCUGCAGCCGGGCCCUCGAAAAGACGGAACAGGCGCGGAAAAGGCAGAGGCGGCAGCGGCGACCGCGGCGACCGCAGCACCAACACCACCACCAUCACCGACGGCAACGCCAGCCAGCAGCAGGACGCGCGCGAGGGCCGCGGGCCAAAGGAAAAGGAGAACGAGAACGAGAACGAGAAGGAAAAGCCCAGGCAGAAGCAGAGGCAAAAGCAGAGGCCGGCAGCGGACGCCACCAGGGGCCGCGGCCGCGGCCGCAGCGGCAGGAGCGUUGGCGGCGGGCGGCAGUUCAGCGGCGCGCUCACGGGCAGCGAGCCAAAAGAGGAGGCGUCGCUCAGCUCGUCGCUCGGAGCGCAGCUGGCGCAGAGCUCGUACGAGUGCAUGAUCUGCUGCGACAGCGUGCGGCCGCGCCACGCCAUCUGGCAGUGCGACACGUGCUGGGCCAUCUUCCACCUGCCGUGCGUCAAGCGCUGGGCAGCAGCCAGCACCAGCACCGGCGCCAGCGCCGGGUCCGGGUCCGGAACCAGCUCCGGGCCCGGCAGCCGGUGGCGGUGCCCGGGGUGCCAGCACGCGCGCGCAGCAGCGCCCAGCCACUACGUGUGCUUCUGCGGCGCCACGCGCAACCCCGAGCCCGCGCGCACCGGCGGCACGCCGCACGGCUGCGGGCGCAUCUGCGGGCGGCGCCGCGGCGCGCACUGCCCGCACGCCUGCCCGCAGCCGUGCCACCCGGGGCCCUGCGCGCCGUGCACGGCGCUGGCGCCCGAGCAGGCGUGCUUCUGCGGCCGCGUCGCGUUCCGCCCGCGCUGCGGCGCCGGCUUCGAUCCGGUGGCCGGCGCGCAGUCGUGCGGCGCCGUCUGCGGCGAGACGCUCGGCUGCGGCCAGCACGCGUGCGCGCAGCCGUGCCACGCCGGGCUGUGCGCGCCGUGCGCCGUGCCGCAGGAGCAGCGGUGCCUGUGCGCGCGCCACACGCGCCAGGCGCGCUGCGGGGCGCCGCCGCGCUACGCGUGCAAGGACACGUGCGGCGCGCUGCUGGGCUGCGGCCGCCACCGCUGCGCCCGCGGCUGCCACGCGCAGGACGAGCCCGGCUGCCACGACACGUGCGCGCUGGACCCGGCGCGUGCGCCGACGUGCCACUGCGGCGCGGCCAAGGCCGACCGCGCGUCGUGCGCUGACGCGGUGCCCAGCUGCGGCAGUGCCUGCCGGCGCGCGCUGGGCUGCGGCCAUGCGUGCGCGCAGCCGUGCCACGCCGGGCCGUGCGCGCCGUGCGCCGAGCCGGUGGCCGCGCCGUGCCGCUGCGGCGCCGCCGUGGUGCGGGGCACGUGCGGCACGCCGCUGCUGUGCGCGCGCACGUGCGGCGCCAAGCGCAGCUGCCGGCGCCACCGGUGCGCGGCGCAGUGCUGCGGCGACGCGGCGCACGCGUGCACGCUGCAGUGCGGGCGGCAGCUGGCGUGCAAGGCGCACACGUGCGGCGACGCGUGCCACCGCGGCGCCUGCGCGCCCUGCGCCCACACGUCGCCGGACGCGCUGGCGUGCGGCUGCGGGCGCACGCGCAUCGCGCCGCCGGUGGCCUGCGGCACGGCGCCGCCGGCCUGCCGCCUGGCGUGCCCGCGCACGCGCGCCUGCGGGCACUUCAGCCCGGCGCCGCACGAGUGCCACAGCGGCGCGUGCCCGCCGUGCGCCGUGCUGAUUGCCGCCGCGUGCAUGUGCGGCGCGCGCGAGCUGCGCAGCGUGCCGUGCCACCGCGCCGGCGCGGCGUCGUGCGGGCGCAUCUGCGCGCGGCUGCUGCCGUGCGGCGGCCACCGGUGCGAGCGCAGCUGCCACCGCGCCGGCGACGCGUGCCUGGCGCCCGGCGCCGCGUGCCGCCAGGCGUGCGGGAAGCCGCGCCGCGCCUGCGGCCACGCCUGCGUGCUGCCGUGCCACACGCCCAAGAUCUGCGACGAGACGCAGCCGUGCGCCGCCACCGUCGUCGCCGCCUGCCCGUGCGGCCGCCUGCAGGCGCGCCAGCGCUGCGGCGCCACGGAGCUGCGCGCUGAGCGGCUUGCCGUGCACUGCGACGACCUGUGCCGCCUGGCUGAGCGCAACCGCCGCGUGUCCCUGGCCCUGGGCUUCCCCGACCAGGCGGCGGCUCCGCUGGACGGGCUGGCGCGCAUCCGCUACUCCGACGACGUGCUGCGCUUCGCCCGCGCGCAUCUCGCGUGGGUGCGCGAGAUCGAGGCCUUGGCCGCUGGCUUCAUUGCCGAGCGCGCGCGCCCGGCGCUGCAUUUCGCGCCGAUGAAGCAGGGCCUGCGCGCGUUCCUGCACGCGCUGGCGCCCGUUUACGGGUGUGCGCCGCGGUCCGUCGACCGCGAGCCGCAGCGGUCGGUCUGCUGGGACAGGGCCCGGGCUCGUGCGUGCCGAGCAUCCCUGUCUCCAGUGCUGUGCGGUACACGCAGCCGCCCACGGUGGUGUGCAGCGACCGUGUGAAUGCCGUGGAGGGCGGCGGCGCCGAGGCCCCGAUCUUUGAGGUGCUGCCGACUGCGCCGGCGCCGGCGCCUGCGCUGGCGGCUGGCGCCGUGCCCGCCAUUGGCUCGUCGGCCGACCGGCUGCGCCGCAGGAUCGACUUUAUUUGCAUCCGCAAUCUGCGCCACGGGCUCACAGUCGAUGAGCUGCGCGCCGCCAUCGACCGCCUGCUGAUGCCCAAUGCAGCGUAUACUUUGCAUUGGAAGGCCGAGGAUCUGGUCGAGAUGUUCUGUUCGCUGGAUCCGGCCGAUGCGCGCUCGGAGGUGCUGGCCAAGUGGGAGCAUUUGCUGCGCAAUAAGCUGCCGCACAUGGGGGUAGCUGGAAUUGUGACUGGCGAGAAGGCUGCUGUGGAGGAGCCUCCUCUUCCGCUGCCUGCUAGUAAGGUGCCGCCGAGGCCUCUUGUUUUCCAUGUUGACGACGACGAAGAGGACCACCACCAGCAGCAGCAGCA